AUAUGAGGCUGCCCCACUGUGCGUCGAAACGUCAAAAUAAAAAUAAACAAAUCCUUGAAGAAUUCAAAAUACAACAAAAUUCAAUAUUUUUGUGUUUAUUAUUUUUGUGUUUAUUAAAUUAAAAUGGAAUCUAAAGAAUUCCCUAAAAUUUUGAAGAUGUUUAUUGUGCUCUCGAAAUGAUCCCAACAAUGGAUUCUAUUACAUUGAUAAAAAACAUAUGCCAAAAUCAAAUAAAACAAUAAAGGCUGUUCUAACGCAUUUGGCCAAAUGCAUUAAAGAAAACUUUAAUUUCGAUUACUAUUCCACCGUGUGUGGUGUAUGUUUUGAAAAACUAUCAGAAUACGAUGAAACAAUGGUUCAUUUACUAACUCAUCAAAAAAAUCUAGGCCAAAUGUUGGAAAAAGCUAUACAAAGAUUUAAAAAUGGAACUGAUAUGGAAUCUGUUGAUGAUGAAGACAAUAAAUUUGAUCUAAUUACCGAAGAACAUGAUCAUCAUGAUUCUCAGUCUGUUAAAGGCGAAGUUGCUAGCGAAUGUUCCAUAAAAAGCGACGACGAUGAUCAAUCUGAUAGCAAUUAUAUGAGUGAAGAUUCUAAAAAUCUUUCAUUUCAAUGCACUAGUUGCGACGAUACUUUUAAAUCAAAUAGAGCCUUGCAAAUGCACCUUAAAAGCCAUAUAAAUUUGGUAACAUGUUCAGUUUGUGGAGUUUCUUGUAAAGACGCGGAAUACCUUGAACUGCACAUGAACAUACACGAAGGCAAAACCGAAACCGAAUGUCGAUAUUGUUGUUGAGGUUCUACCUCUUACAGUCGUCGGCAUAAUUAGUUUGACUAAUUUACAAUUCUCGAUCUAGUAAGAAUAAUUUCUAACGGUUAAACUUUAUAAAGGUAAAGAUAGUGGUUAUUUAUUAAGUAUGUUAUGGUGAAUCUUAUGGUGGUCAAAGUAAGUCAUAUGAGUGAAAUUUGGCUGUCAGGCAGCUUUUUUUGUAUUAGAAGUGCUAUUUUUUGAGCGGCAUAAGUAUUUUGACCAGCAUUCUUUUUCAAUUUUGGUAAUGUAAAGUAAUACCUUUAGCUUAUUUUAAGCUUUUAUCAAACUGUUAAACAUGUUAAGGCUCAGAUUCAUAAAAAAAAUUGGAAACAUUUCGCAAAUAAAUAUUGAAAUUAGGGCAUUUAUUGUUACAAGUUGAAAUUCCCGUUACCUGUUAAACAAAUCAAUGGAGAACUGAUUUGUUUGCGUCAAAUUAUGUCUUAGCUAAUAAAGAAACACAAGAGUACGAGUACUGACUACUGAGUAGAAUCAGCCAUGAAUCUGUACAAAACAAAAAAUUACACAAAAAAAAGACAUUUUUUCUUUUGCGUAGUUCACUUUGAAUCCCAUAUUGAACCCUUAUAUCAUGGAGCUGGAAAUGAAAUCCCUAGGGAAGAAUUCCUCCUCAGAAAGCAAAGAUUCCCAGGAAACUUAGGAAACACAAUUUUGGGACUUAUUCAGCAAGAAAAGCACUAGUUAACCUCUUGAAAGCAUGUUGAAAACUAUGAAAUUCGCAAAAAAGCACGUUAUAUAAUUAUGCCGACGACGAAAAACGGAAUAACUUUUUGAAUCCUAUCAUAAUUUACAAGAAAAAGCUAAAUCAAAUAUCUUUUUUUCUUUUCUCAUUAUACCAAUUUUUGUAUAUGAAAAACUUAUAAAAAAAUUACGCCAUUAAAAAGUUUAAUAUUUUUUCUAAAGAAUAAAGCCAUACUUAGAUUUUUACAAUGCGUAAAAGGUAAAAAAUCCAUUUUUGUUAUUAUAAAUUUUAUUAUUUCCGCUGUAAAUAUUCAUAUCAACCAUGUCUGCACGACAUCUACAAAAAGAGCUCGAAUUUUUUGAACCCAAUCAAAUUUCAUCAAAAAAAGCAACAAAAUCAAUCUUCAUAUUUUUCAAUUACCUUGAAGUCCAUUUUUUUUAAAUGACAAUUUAUAAUAAAUUUUAUACCAUCUGAAAGCCUAUUAUUUGAGCUCAAAAUAUUAAUAUAGACCAUGUUUGUACGACAUCUACAAAAAGAGCUAGAAUUUUUUGAACCCAAUCAGUUUUCAUCAAAAAAAGCAAAAAUAUAAAUCUUUUUUAUCUUCUCACGCCAUUAAAUCAAUUUUUUUAAAUUAAAAUAAAAUACUAG